AUGUGCUUCACUAUUCUCGUUGCCUUCCGUGUCGUUAGAGCUAGGAAAGCAGCAAGGUUUGCGGUUCUGCAUGGAUGCAAACCGAUUAAAGGUCAAUUUCCACACAUACCUUUGGCGUUCGGCCUCGAUUUCAUCGUCCAGAACAUACGCGCUUUCCAUCGCAACGGAUUCUUGGAUCUAUUGAGAAGUCGCCACGCAGCCUAUGGAAAUACCUUUUCGGCGCGAGCCCUGGCCCGUCGAGGCGUCUUCACAAUCGACCCAGAAAACGUGAAGACCGUACUCGCUGGCCGCUUUCAAGAUUAUUGCCUGGGAGACCGGCCACCCAUCAUGGGCCAACUCCUGGGGAAAGGCAUCUUUGUCUCAGAUGGAGAGGAUUGGUCGCAUUCGCGAGCUCUGCUGCGUCCCAGUUUCGUUAAGGACCAGAUCGCCGACCUGAGACUCAUCGAUGGCCAUAUUGAAGACCUUUUGAAGCUGGUACACAACAACCAAUUGGUCGAUCUUCAACAUCUCUUCUUGCACUUUACGCUAGAUUCAGCAACUGAGUUCCUGUUUGGUCGAUCCACCAACCUACUUGGAACAAAUACUGCCGCCGACAAAGCAUUCAGCGAUUCCUUCAAUGCUUCCCUGAAAGACAUGGCGCUGCAGUUUCGUAUGGGGCCAAUUCGCAAACUUCGCCGACGCAACCCAGAGGUUGCUGAAGCUCACAGAAUCUGCCGUGCUUACGUUGAUCAAUUUGUAGAAUCCGCCAUGCAAAUGAGGAAGCACGCUACCGAGUCGGACACGAAGCCAUCAACUGAGUACGAUCGCAAUUUCUUCCUCCGAGAGCUCGCCAAAUCGACAGACGACAAAGAAAAGAUUCGAGACGAAAUUCUUAACAUUCUUAUCGCUGGCCGAGACACGGUCGCCAGUCUCUUGUCAAGCCUUUUCUUCGUGCUAGCGCGGCGUCCUGACAUAUGGAACAAAGUCAAAAAUGAAUUGGCCCAGCUCAAGGGAGAACUUCCGACGUACGACCAGUUACGCGACUUGAAGUAUAUCAGAUACUGUAUUAAUGAAACGCUUCGCCUAUAUCCCCCAGUCCCCUCCAACACACGCGUAGCAGUGCGUGAUACAGUGCUACCCCGAGGCGGGGGCCCAAAUGGUGAGGAUCCAAUUCACGUUCCCUCGGGGGGUGUCGUGAUAUAUAGUGUGUUUGCCAUGCAUCGCCGAAAGGAUCUUUUCGGACAAGAUGCUGAAGAGUUCCGUCCUGAGCGAUGGGAUUCGCGCAAGUUUUCCUGGGAAUACAUACCCUUCAACGGCGGCCCAAGAAUCUGUCUCGGCCAGCAGUAUGCUAUCACAGAAGCAUCUUUGGUGUUGAUUCGAUUUGCUCAAGAAUUUUCAACAAUCUGUGGUGAAGAUUCGACCGAGUGGAAGGAAAAUCUCACACUAACUUUGACGCCUGCUGGUGGGGUCAAAGUAUAUUUGGCACGAUAG